AUGGCUUCAAAAGAACAAUAUAAUGAACCCCCUUCGUACGAGCAAGUGCUAGCAGAUAGCCAACCUGGAGGCAACGGCCUAAACAAUUCCCAGUCAGCUACGUCUGUACCGUCUGCUCCAAUAGCAUCAACCAUGGCGGCCCCAUCAGCAUCUUAUCCGAGGCAAGAAUAUGUUCAGCAGCAGCCGUAUAUCGCUACAGCCCACACCUAUGUAGCCCCAGUUGCCGGAUCAAUGCCUUACUACGGAACCAUGGAUGGUAGUAAAGUGACGGUGCCGAUUGUACCGCAGGUUACCAUACAGCCAAUAGCGGCCCAGCAGCCCAAUGUCGUUACACAGCAGAUUAUUGUCGUAAAUGGCUGUCCAGUGUGCCGCAUCGGUAUGCUCGAAGACGAUUAUUCCUGUCUUGGAAUAUUUUGUGCCAUUUUCUUCUUUCCGCUGGGCAUAUUAGCAUGCUUGGCACUGCGUAACCGUCGCUGUACCAAUUGCGGUGUACAAUUUUGAAAUGACAUAGAAACGUAUUGGAUCAUUUGUACGACAAUUUACCUACAGGAAAUGGUAUAUGAUAGAUCAUCAUUUAAUGUGAUAUUAGCUCACAUACGAUUUAUUGGUACGAUCCAUAAUAUGCCGUAUUUUCCUGUAUAUAAGAUAUUCUCUUUCGUCCAAUUUUUCAUGCCCUUUUUAAUAAGGACUUUAAUUACUGAUACUGUGGUACAUUAUGAUCGAUUGUCUAUGUUGCUGUAAAGAAUAUUACGUUAUAAGAAAGAGAAAUGAAGCCAUUUGUCAUGAGGAAUUUGAUUGCUUGUAUGAAGUUCUUCAAAAUCAAAUAAGAAACAUUUAUUUUUUCAAAUUUUUGCCUUGAAAUGAGGAGGUCUGUUAUACACGGGAAACUCGGUAAUUCGUUAAUUAAAAAGUGUAUGCGUAUAUCAACAUUGUUUUUGUAUUCCAUGUUUAUAGUUAUUGUGUACCCAAA